CCCGCCGCUCGCGUGGGCGCGGGCCCAGCCCGAGGAGACCCAGAGCGGCCGGCAGGCUGGGCAGGCCCCGCGCAGCCGGCGUCGCGGGCGGCGGCCCCGCGCGGCGUCUGAUGCAACCUGCGGGCAACACCCGGCGGACCUGUGAGCUCAUCCCUGGCUGCCGCCCAGCGCCACGGCGCCACCCGCGGACCCCCGCGCUCCCCCGGGCGCCCCUCGCCGCGGGCCCGGGACGGGAUGGAAGGCGAGAUGCGCCCCCUCCAGAACCCAGCUCUGUGCGAACUGUGCGGUGUGACAAGUCCGGCUCGCAUUGGCCCCUGCGGAUAAAGGGUGUUCCCAGGGAGGCAGGCGGUGGACCGGAUCCUAUUUUAGUGCCAGGGGAUGGCUCCCUCCCCGCAGCACCGCUCCGUCUGGGGUCGUGCUGGAUUCUGUUCAGAGUGAUAAAGCGGCCAGGGCAAGCGGCUGAUUUUUACGUAGUGACUUUACAGAAAUACUAUGUGUCACUUAGGGAGCUGUAGCUUGAAUACCCCGCUGUUUACGAAUGAACGUAGGUAAGAUGAAUGUGCAGCAACCACGAGUUGAAUAGAAAAGGGCAAGAAAUGAAGCGCCUCCGUAGCGUGGCGGGGGGAGCUCAGCAGGAAGCAGCUGCCGAGGUGUCCAAGGUGGAGAGGAUGGAAUCGCAGGUUUGAGGGGGAGGAUCACCUGUUCUGAGUAAGCUUGUAUGUUUUCCUUCAGAAGGUUUAAGUGUUGGUUUUCCUCUUGUCUGAGGCUUAUGCUUGCUCUGGCAUCUUAUCAGUGUGUUUCAGAAAGGUUUUAACAGUGAGGGGCUGCGCAAAAAUUGGUAGUUCUGUCUCUGAGCCUACACCCCGUUGAGUCCUUAUUGAAGAGCGUGUCCCGUAAUUCAGGUACAUGUGAAGAUUUCUUGGCUGUGUAGAGUGGAAACCAUUGAUUGUCGUGCCCUCAUUUCUGCCUGUUCUGUGUUGGCAAGAGAGAGUGCCCAAAUGAGCAAGAUAUCGCAGCAGAACAGUACUCCAGGAGUGAAUGGAAUAAGUGUUAUUCAUACUCCGGCUCAUGCCAGCGGCUUACAGCAGGUUCCUCAGCUGGUGCCCGCUGGCCCUGGGGGAGGAGGUAAGGCUGUGCCUCCAAGCAAGCAAAGUAAAAAGAGUUCACCCAUGGAUCGAAACAGUGAUGAGUAUCGUCAACGCAGAGAGAGGAACAACAUGGCUGUGAAAAAGAGCAGGUUGAAAAGCAAGCAGAAAGCACAGGAUACCCUGCAGAGAGUGAAUCAGCUCAAAGAAGAGAAUGAACGGUUGGAAGCAAAAAUUAAAUUGCUGACUAAGGAAUUAAGUGUACUGAAAGAUUUGUUUCUUGAGCAUGCGCACAACCUUGCAGACAACGUGCAACCUAGUAACACUGAAAGUAUGACAAGUUCUGAUAAUGCAGGACAGUAGACUGCACCUCUUCCCAACUUCACAACUUGUGGCUUGAACAUGAAAGGUGUUGACAACCUACACCACUCAUAUCAAUGGCUGAACAUUGUCUUGUUCCAUUACCCAAAAGAUCCAUUGAAGGUUGUUUUCUAGGAUCAGCACUGAAGAGUUAAUUAGCUAAAAUUGUUAGCCAUGUAGUUAAAAUUUCUGGUUUUAAAUGAUAUUGGGAUAAAGAAACAAAUUUUUAAGGUAUAUGGUAAAAAAAAAAAAAAAAAAAAAAAAAAAGUCCCAGACCUGGAUGUUCUUAAUAAAUCCUGACUUCCCAAGAAAUGCUUUUUUUUAAAGGUUGACAAAAGGAAUGAAGAAUUGGCAGGUCAUUCAGAAGGUUCUGGAUUUUAAUGGAAAUGGUUAAUUGGAUUAAGAAAAAUUGAAUGCUGUUUGUGAUAAUCUAUUUGUGAUUUCAUUCUAAAUUAUGUAUUAAAAAUCCUUAGGGCUGUAGAAACCAA